AUGAGUAUAUUCUUUAAAGCCCCAAUUGAUAUUGAAAUUUUACUAGAUGGUGAAGAAUCCAGAAAUCACAUUGAGGUAUCCAAUCCUUCUGGUUCUAAUGCCAAAACCUUAACUGAAUCUAUGCCUGUUUUCGAAGAUGGCGAAACAGUAAGCGGAAUUGCAACCCUUAGAGUCAGAGAUGGUAAAAGAGUAGAGCAUGCAGGUAUCAAAGUAUCAAUUGUUGGAUCUAUUGAUUUGAUUAAAGGCUCUGGGGGUAGCAAUGGAGGUACUACCACUAGUAAUAGCUUUAAAAGCGUAGACUCAAGAAAAAAAUCAGUUGAACAGUUUUUAUGUUUAACUUAUGAUUUAUGUCCUGCUGGUGAAUUACAACAUUCACAAAGCUUCCCAUUUAAUUUUAAAAACUUACCUAAAAGACAUGAGUCUUAUAAAGGUAAAAAUGUCGAUGUUUCAUAUUAUGUCAAGGUAACAUUGAUCAGGAAAGGUGCCGAUAUUUCUAAAAUAAAGAAAUUUUGGGUUAAUCUUUACCUGAGUCAAAAGGAAAUAGAAAAUUUAAAUAAGAAACCAGUUGCUAUACGAGAAGAAGCAAAUAAAACUAGAGAAGAAAUCACUAAACCAAACGCCGAGGAAGAAUCCUUAAUCUCUAAUGAAUCAAAGCCAGUCAAAUUAGACAUUGGUAUUGAAAAUUGUUUACAUAUCGAAUUCGAAUACGCUAAAUCAGCUUAUUCUCUUAAAGAUGUAAUAGUAGGGAGAAUAUAUUUCCUUCUAUCAAGAUUGAAAAUUAAACAUAUGGAGGUAAGUCUUAUAACUAGAGAAUCUGCAGGAGUGUCAUCCGCAAGUACUUUGGUUGAUUCUACCGCUAUAAGAUAUGAAAUCAUGGAUGGUUCGCCAGUAAAAGGUGAAACUAUACCAAUUAGAUUGUUUUUAAGUGGUUACGAAUUAACCCCAAAUAUGGGUUGCAAUUAUUUUAAUGUGAAAAAUUAUCUGAGCUUAGUAAUUAUAGAUGAAGACGGAAGAAGAUAUUUUAAACAAUCUGAAAUAACACUUUACCGUCAAAAAUAA